UUGUCUGACCACCUCAGCCACUCUUUUUUCUGUACGCCACUAGACAGCAUGCGUGAAGUCAUCUCAGUCCACGUCGGGCAAGCAGGUGUCCAGAUCGGCAAUGCCUGCUGGGAGCUCUACACUCUUGAGCAUGGCCUCAGCCCUGACGGCCGCAUUGCUGCUGAUUCACCUUCGGUUUCAGACAGCGGCUUCUCCACCUUUUUCUCGGAGACAGGGUCUGGAAAAUAUGUCCCGCGGUCGCUGUAUGUUGACCUUGAGCCUGGCGUCAUCGACGACGUCAAGGCCGGGCCCUAUCGUUCGCUCUUUCAUCCAGAGACAAUGGUUACAGGCAAAGAGGAUGCAGCCAACAACUAUGCUCGUGGUCAUUACACCGUGGGCAAAGAGCUCAUUGACCCUGUCAUGGACAAGAUUCGCCGUCUUGCGGACAACUGCUCUGGUCUCCAAGGCUUCUUUGUCUUCCACUCGUUCGGUGGCGGAACGGGCUCUGGUUUCGGUGCCCUCCUCCUCGAGAGGCUCUCCACGGACUACGGCAAAAAGUCCAAGCUCGAGUUUUGCGUGUACCCUGCACCUCAACUCUCCAGCUCUGUUGUCGAACCAUACAACUCCGUUUUGACGACCCACACAACCCUCGAGCACUCCGACUGCUCUUUUAUGGUUGAUAACGAAGCCAUCUACGAUAUUUGCAAGAAGAACCUUGGUGUUUCAUCACCCAGCUUCUCUAACCUUAAUCGCCUUAUUGCUCAAGUUGUGUCCUCGGUUACCGCGUCCCUCCGCUUCGAUGGUUCCCUUAAUGUUGAUCUUAACGAAUUCCAAACCAACCUUGUUCCAUUCCCUCGAAUCCACUUCCCUCUCGCUACCUUGGCUCCUAUCAUCUCUGCUGAGAAAGCCCAUCACGAGCAAAACUCUGUUUCCGAGAUGACUUUCUCUUGCUUCGAGCCCGGAAACCAGAUGGUAAAAUGUGACCCUCGCGAGGGGAAGUAUAUGGCGUGUGCUCUUCUUUUCCGUGGUGAUGUCGUGCCCAAGGACGUCAGUGCUGCAGUUGCAGUUAUCAAAACGAAACGCACGAUCCAAUUCGUUGACUGGUGCCCUACUGGUUUCAAGCUCGGCAUCUGCAACGAACCGCCUUCAUACGUUCCCGGAGGUGACCUUGCCAAAGUGACCCGCAGUGUUUGCAUGCUGUCAAACACCACUGCUAUCUCGAGUGCCUGGAGUCGUCUCGACCACAAAUUCGACCUCUUGUACUCUAAACGGGCUUUCGUUCACUGGUAUGUUGGUGAGGGUAUGGAGGAGGGUGAAUUCUCUGAGGCACGUGAAGAUCUUGCUGCUUUGGAGAAGGACUAUGAGGAGGUUGGCAUCGACUCGGCUGACAUCGAAGAGGGCGCCGAGUACUAG